AUGAUAUUUGUUCAGAACCAUGAAUUCGGCGGAGAAGAAGCAUCUGGUAUUUAUAGCAGUGAUUAUUGUUCGUCGAUAUAUCUCAAUCACGGCGUGCUUGUGGUAGGCUAUGGCAGGGAAAAAUUACCAGGUAGCAAGGAAUACAUGGACUACUGGAUUGUGAAAAACAGCUGGGGCGCAGAUUGGGGCGAGGAUGGUUACUUCAGGAUUGUUCGGAAUCAGAACAUGUGUGGAAUUGCGACCGCUGCUAGUUAUCCGGUAGUGCUAUGA